UUGCGCGGACCGGCGACCGGUCCGGCGUUGCCGAUUUGCCCAUUGAUGGCUUCUCUUUGAUUUGCCUCCGCCAAGCGAACGCCGGGGUUUGCUCCACGUGGGGGCGCUCCCACUGGCGCACGGCCGACGGCGCUUUCUUCCGCCUGCCGUCGUCGUGCAACCACCGAGCGGUCGGCGACUGCCACGGCCACGGCCACCAAAGCUUCGACGUGCAGGUGAGACGGCGGGCGGCCCGCGGCGCCGGCGCCGACGCCAUCGAGGCGGUGCUGGUCCGGUUGGACUCCGACGUGCUGGAGCUGCUUCCUCACGGCGCCGUGCGAGUCAAUGGGAAAAGCGUGUCACUUCCUGUGGCGGAGCCGGGCCUGGUGAUCGAGAAGGCUUCGGCCGGCCUCCUGGUCCGGUCCACAAUGGGAAUCCAACUGGUCUGGAACCUCGAAGACGCCCUGAGCAUCGAGGUGGACGACAAAUACCGGGGCUCGCUCUGCGGCCUCUGCGGGAACUUUGACGGAAUCGACAACGAGUUUGCCAAAGACGGGGCGCCGCUUUCCGUCGCCGAAUACGCCGCCCGGCACAAAGUCGGCGGAGCGGCGGAGACGUGCGAGGAAGCCGGAGACGAGCCCGCCCCGCGGCCCGACUGCGGCCACCAGGAGGCGUGCGCGCGGCUCUUUUCCAGCGCGGCCUUCAGCGGCUGUCGGAACCUGGUGGACGCCGACGCUUUGGCCCGAGCGUGCGCGUUUGACGUCUGCGCCUCGGGCGAGGAUGGGCCGGCCCCCACGGCCCCCACGGCCCUGUGCCGAAGCGCGUCCGAGCUCUCGCGACAGUGCGCUCGCGCCGGAGGAGCGCCGGGCGCGUGGAGGAACGCCACCUUCUGCCCCCACGAGUGCCCGGCCCCAAAGGUCUACGUGGACUGUCUGACGGCCCCGCCGGGCUCCACCGGGACCGAAUGUGAGAGCAGCUGCGCCACCCUGGACACGCCAUGCAUCAGCCACGGCUGCACGUCGGGGUGCGCCUGUCCCGACGGUCUGGUGUCGGACGGGCUCGGGGGCUGCAUCGAGGCCGGCGAAUGCCCCUGCGUCCACAACGGCCAGACCUACCCGCCCGGACAUGUCCUCCGGGUGGACUGCAACACCUGCACCUGCGCAGGCAGAAAGUUCACCUGCACCAGCAACGCGUGCGAUGCUGUGUGCGCCGUCUACGGCGACGGACAUCUCAUCACCUUUGACGACAAGAGGAUUGACUUUCCGGGACAGUGUGAACACACGCUCGUGCAGGACUACUGCGGAGACAACAAGACGGAGGGAAGUUUCCGGAUUGUUAGCAAGAACGUCGCAUGCGGAAGCUCGGCAACCACAUCCUGCUCCAAGAUAGUGAAGAUCUUUGUCCAGGACGAUGAAGAAUACCACCUGAAGGAGGAGAAGUUCCACGUCAUCCGCAGCCAUCGCCGGCUUGUUCCGGCUCCGGUGCGCCAGAUGGGCAUCUACAUGGUAGUCACCAUCGGACCGGGAGUCGUCGUCAUGUGGGACAAGAAGACCUCAGUCUUCAUCAAACUGGCGCCACGCUAUCGGGGCAAGGUGUGCGGCCUGUGCGGCAACUAUGACGGAAACAUUCGCAAUGACCUGGCCAAGCGUUCCGGAGAGAGCGUCGCCGACGCGCCGGCGUUGGCGAGCGGCUGGACGGCCUCGGAGUCCGACUGCCCCGCCGCCGCGCGCCUCCGCUCGCUGUCGGAGCCGUGCGGCAACAACCGCUACCGUGCGGCGUGGGCGGAGAGGCGCUGCGGCGUCAUCGUCGGGCCCACCUUUCAGGCCUGCCACUCACGGGUGGAUCCCGGUCCGUACUACGACGCGUGUGUGCGUGACGCGUGCGCGUGCGACGGCAGCGACAGCGAGCGUGUGUGCACGGCGGUGGCGGCCUACUCCAUGGCUUGCAGCGAGGCCGGAGCUUGCGUACAAUGGCGGAGGCCCAAAUUCUGCCCCAUCUUUUGCGACUACUACAAUGCCCCCGGGGGCUGCGAGUGGCACUACAAGCCGUGCGGAGCUGACUGCAUGAAGACUUGCAGGAAUCCUUCGGGGAGUUGUUCGCAGCUCAUCAGCGGCCUCGAAGGAUGCUACCCAAAGUGUCCUCCCAGUCGUCCGUACUUUGACGAGGACAACAUGACGUGUGUGUCGUGGGAGCGCUGCGGUUGCUAUGACAACCGGGACGCCCGCUACGACGUGGGCGAGGCGGUUCCUGCUGAGAAUUGUCACACUUGCUUGUGUACAGCAUCUGGAAUAGAGUGUAGCUACACCAGAAGCAGGUGUACGUGCUUCGUCAACGGAAAAACAUACACGUACGGAGCCACCAUCUACAACGCGACGGAUGGGCUUGGAAACUGCAUCGCAGCGACAUGCGGCCCCAACGGGACUGUGAGCCGCGAGGUUUAUCCAUGUUUCACAAUCGUCGGCCCGACACCGAACGCCUCGCCGCUCAACUUCAGCAAAUUGGGAAUGACGACAGAUGGUGUUACUUGGACACCUACAACUGCAAAGUUAACCACGGACCGAACCACACAUGAUGAAAAAUCAACAGGAAAAGAUGAAAAAAGAGUGGGAACAAUUGGGCAAGUUGGCAUCCCUUCCACACAUGUCGGGAAACCUCCAUUCACUGGACCACAUUUUACAACAAUUACCGAAUCCAAAGGACCAACCCCCCAACAGUCUGUGGUUACCACAACUACCACCAGACCUGGAGAAACAACCGUGACAGAGGGAACCACAGUCAAGAGUGAAACAACACCCAGAGUCACCGCUGGGCCAACAACCACCUCAACCUCCAUUGUGGGGAAACCUCCAUUCACUGGACCACAUUUUACAACAAUUACCGAAUCCAAAGGACCAACCUCCCAUCAGUCUGUGGUUACCACAACUACCACCAGACCUGGAGAAACAACCGUGACAGAGGGAACCACAGUCAAGAGUGAAACAACACCCAGAGUCACCGCUGGGCCAACAACCACCUCAACCUCCAUUGUGGGGAAACCUCCAUUCACUGGACCACAUUUUACAACAAUUACCGAAUCCAAAGGACCAACCCCCCAACAGUCUGUGGUUACCACAACUACCACCAGACCUGGAGAAACAACCGUGACAGAGGGAACCACAGUCAAGAGUAAAACAAUACCCAGAGUCACCGCUGGGCCAACAACCACGUCUCCGACAGCUGUUGGUGAAACAACUGCGACACAAUACACAGGCGCAACAUCCCAACCCUAUUUUAGUACCACGACUAUCAAUGUUCCAAAACCAACCUAUCGCAAAAUUAUUGUUCGACGCAGAAAAACAACUAAGAGUGAGAAAACAACUGGACGAGGUGAGACAACGAGACCUGGAUUCACCACUGGUCCAACAACCACCUCAACCACCAUUGUGGGGAAACCUCCAUUCACUGGACCACAUUUUACAACAAUUACCGAAUCCAAAGGACCAACCUCCCAACAGUCGGUGGUUACCACAACUACCACCAGACCUGGAGAAACAACCGUGACAGAGGGAACCACAGUCAAGAGUGAAACAACACCCAGAGUCACCGCUGGCCCAACAACCACCUCAACCUCCAUUGUGGGGAAACCUCCAUUCACUGGACCACAUUUUACAACAAUUACCGAAUCCAAAGGACCAACCUCCCAACAGUCGGUGGUUACCACAACUACCACCAGACCUGGAGAAACAACCGUGACAGAGGGAACCACAGUCAAGAGUGAAACAAUACCCAGAGUCACCGCUGGGCCAGCAACCACGUCUCCGACAGCUGUUGGUGAAACAACUGCGACACAAUACACAGGCGCAACAUCCCAACCCUAUUUUAGUACCACGACUAUCAAUGUUCCAAAACCAACCCAUCGCAAAAUUAUUGUUCGACGCAGAAAAACAACUAAGAGUGAGAAAACAACUGGACGAGGUGAGACAACGAGACCUGGAUUCACCACUGGUCCAACAACCACCUCAACCACCAUUGUGGGGAAACCUCCAUUCACUGGACCAGAUUUUACAACAAUUACCGAAUCCAAAGGACCAACCUCCCAACAGUCUGUGGUUACCACAACUACCACCAGACCUGGAGAAACAACCGUGACAGAGGGAACCACAGUCAAGAGUGAAACAACACCCAGAGUCACCGCUGGGCCAACAACCACCUCAACCUCCAUUGUGGGGAAACCUCCAUUCACUGGACCACAUUUUACAACAAUUACCGAAUCCAAAGGACCAACCUCCCAUCAGUCUGUGGUUACCACAACUACCACCAGA